AUGAAUGAGACGUUAAGAGAAACAGAUUAUGAUCAAACACAAGCAGUAGGUAGCAACUACAGAGUCGCACUUGGUCUUCCAGUUGGUGCUGUUAUGAACAGUGCUGAUAACUCUGGUGCCAAAAACUUGUACGUCAUCGCCGUCAAGGGUAUCAAGGGUCGUUUGAACAGAUUGCCAGCUGCUGGUGUCGGAGACAUGGUUAUGGCCACCGUCAAGAAGGGUAAGCCAGAACUCAGAAAGAAGGUUUGCACUGGUUUGGUCGUCCGUCAAAGAAAGCAAUGGAAGCGUAAGGACGGUACCAUCCUCUAUUUCGAAGAUAACGCCGGUGUCACCUGUAAUCCAAAGGGUGAAGUCAAGGGUAACAUUCUUGGUCCAGUUGCCAAGGAAUGCUCUGAUUUAUGGCCAAAGGUUGCCACCAACGCUGGACAAGAAAUAGGUUUUACAAUUUCAAUUCGUUUACCUUUGGUCUUGGACCAUGAAGUCUUGUUUGGCAAUCUAAAGCAAAAAUAUCUCACCCCCAUCUGUUAG